UCAGCGACUUAUAGCGGGACUGCAGUGGGUAUUCUGACACUGGGGGGGGGACUGACUUGGUGUCACUGACAUCCCCAAUGACAUCAAUACAGUGAUCAGUGCUAAAAAAAAAAAAAAGCACUGACACUGUACUAAUGGCACUGGGCAGGAAGGGGUUAACAUCUGGGGCGAUCAAAGGGAUAACUGUGUGCUGUUUCACUGUGCGCUGUGUAAGUGCUUUACAUUGUAAGCACACUGCUUUGUAUGGCUCUGCUAUGCAGAGCCAUACAAAGCAGUGUGCAGGAGCUGACAGAGGAGAGAUCUGUUUUGUUUAUACACAUUAGUCUUCCCCGUCAGAGAUACUCGGCGAUCACUGGGUGCCUGCAAUAAAUCA